CCUACCCCCCAAUAUCCGCCUGUUCCUAGGGCUGAUCUUCAAUUCAUCCCUUGCCUAUACAUUUGUGUCUUGUUGCACCAAGUAUUUUGAAAGCAUCUGUCGACAUGGCUGCACCCGAAUAUAAGAAGUCUACCGCCCCAUGUGGACUUCCUGCAUCUUUAUCUGCAAAGUUUGCCCCUGAAAAACCUGAUCCCCACCGAUCUAUUGGUCAAUUGGACACCAACGAGCCCAUAAAUCAAACUUGGUCCGGUAUGCGCCUCGUAGAUGCUAAUCUGAUAGAGGUCUCCUCAUCGGCAAAGCGCCGUCGGAUUGAUCUUAGGAUGAUUGAGUAUCAAGACUUCGGCAGUCAUGUCUUGGAGGGACUCAGUGAGUUAGAGGAUGGCUUGCGAAGUGUCACCGGAUGUCAGCUUUCACUCCUUCAAACGAGUGCCAUCUUUCUAAACAAGAGCGGAAGUCAUCUUGAGGAUCAUGUUUUCAGAGUCCAUCAACACCACAGCCUAGCCUUAGCUAGAGGAUGGUGGUGCCGGUAUGCCCCCUCACCGCCAUAUUUCGACCUAAGAAUCGGUUAG